UGUAGCUGAUAACAAAAAUGUUAAUUGGACUUGGAGUGGUGGCAGUUGCUGUCAUCCUUUUCCUGACGUGGAAACUAUUCUCGGGCCCUCAAAUCAGAAUUCCUCUCACCCCUGGAUCUAAAUCUUUCUACGGGCAUGUUCACCUUUUUAACGGAAUUACAGCUGCUGAUAAAUACAAGUACGACGAACUCUUUAUCAAUCUCUCUGAUCCCAAAUUCGUUGGAAGUGCGAUUGGGCAUUUGAAAAUGUGGUUUGCUUCUGAAAUAACUCUAUCAAGUGUUAAGACCGCAGAAAUACUUUUUAAGUCAAGGACAAACGUAGAUAAAUCAUAUCAAUACAACGAAUUCACAAGGUGGUUAAAGGACAGUGUCCUCAUUUUGCCCCACAAAGCUUGGCAUACUCGAAGAAAACAACUUACCCCAGCAUUUCACUUCGCUGUUAUGGAGAAUUUCGAUACCAUAAUGAAGGAAGACUCCCAAUUGCUUGUCCAGGCCAUCAAGCAGGAUCCUACUCGGCCGGUGGUGCAGCAUAUUCUUGAUGUAACUCUUCACACAAUAAUUGAAACAUCGUUUGGCACCUCCUUCAAAUCGCUAAACGAAUCGAAACCGUAUCUGGAUGCUACUAGCAAAGUACUCCAUUACUUAUGGAGUAGAAAUGUUAUGGAUUUUCUGAGCAGUUGUUCCCAAUGGUACUACUACAACGUGACGUCGAAUGGAAAGCUUGAAGCUCAAGCUAUAAACGACCUAAAUGCUAUGUUGAUGAUACUUGUGAGGGAUCGGAAGAAAGAGCUCGCUUCGGGGGAAACCCGACUUUACAACGGCAGAAAGUCAUUUUUAGAUCACAUGGUCGAAUUGCAAGCACUAGAGGGAAACCUGACUGAUGAGCAGAUAUUGGGGGAAAGUAACGCAAUCCUUUUGGCAGGACACGAAACAACCACUGCUUCAGUCAGCUGGACUUUAUACUACUUGUGCAAGAAUCCAGAGGUGCAGCAGCGUCUUUAUGAAGAAAUAGACGAAAAACUAGCUGGAAGACCGUUUAGUGCCCUUGAAGUAACGAGUCUGGUUUAUUUGAAUAUGGUGGUUAAAGAAAGCUUGAGGAUUCAACCACCCAUUACCUUCGUUGCAAGAAAGCUCACUGAGACCUUGACUGUUGACGGCUUGACAAUACCGCCUGGCACUGAUGUGGAUAUUAUGCUCUAUUGGCUCCACAGAGACCCUGAGUUCUGGCCUGAACCUGAAAAGUUCGACCCUGAGCGGUUUUCUACUGAGAACAGCCGCGGGAGAAACCCUUACGCAUUUGUACCCUUCUCUGCCGGGCCAAGGAACUGUAUUGGACAGAGAUUUGCUUCUUUGGAGUCCAGAAUAUUGGUGGCAGCUGUGAUCUACAACUUUAAAGGUCACCACAACUCAGCAGUUAGGGGUGGAUCUGAGAAGAGAUUUGACUGACUUGACGUCUAUUCCUGGCCCGGAUUUUAAGAUCCAGUUCCAGUCUAGAGAACAUUAAACUUGUUAAGAUGCUGCUGGUUGUAAGGAUGUUAUUGGAUAUGAAUAUGAUAAUAGUAUAGAAUUAGAUGGUCUACUGAGAUUGGUAUUCUUCAAGCUGUCAAUACAACAAGUGUUCUUCUUCUCAGUGACUCGGAUAAAGGAAGAUUUACAAACUCUUGUCGUGAACUUAUUCCUCACAGGACCUUUAAAGUGAUUUUAUCAGACAUCGAUAUUUAUAUUUGAUAUUUUAAACUUGGUUUAUGUAGUUUUGAUUCCAAAAUUUGUC